CGGGAGGAGCAGCAAGCGCAGCGCAGAACCCGCAGCGCUAGCCCCGCCGGGCUGCUCGGUGGUGGUUGGGCCGCGCCGCCAGUCCGCCAGUCCGCCAGCUGGGUCUAGAUUGACCACCUACUAGCUGCCCUCCACCCCGAAGGCGGCGAGGAACCGAGAGACUGCUCUGUGGCCGGGGCGGGAGAGCGCGGCAGAGUGUCGCCGGGGACAUUGUUCCCACAGCGAAGGGGGCACGGCGACCCUAGCGGUUCCAGGGUUUGGAGCCGGCGCGGCCGCACGGGACCCGCGCCCUGCACUUGCGGGUCCGCUGCGCUCCCGCCACCGCCCCACUAGUCCUGGGCGUUGGCGCCUAUGAUCGGCUUCCAACAGCGUCCGGAGAGACCCGGGAAGCUCCGGGACGCCCGGAACUGGAGACUGAUGCAUGAGUGGCCAACAUCCACACAGGAGCUGUGGUGAUGGUUUGGGGAGUAGAGCUGAGGUGCGCUGGGCUUUGGUGAGGAGUGACAGUUUAUCAUGACCGUGUUCAGGCAGGAAAACGUGGAUGAUUACUACGACACCGGCGAGGAACUUGGCAGUGGACAGUUUGCAGUGGUGAAAAAAUGCCGUGAGAAAAGCACCGGUUUGCAGUAUGCUGCCAAGUUCAUUAAGAAAAGGAGGACCAAAUCCAGCCGGCGUGGUGUGAGCCGUGAGGACAUCGAGCGGGAGGUCAGCAUCCUGAAGGAGAUCCAGCACCCCAAUGUCAUCACCCUGCAUGAGGUCUAUGAGAACAAGACAGACGUCAUUCUGAUCCUGGAACUUGUUGCAGGUGGUGAACUCUUUGACUUCUUAGCUGAAAAGGAAUCUUUGACUGAAGAGGAAGCAACUGAAUUUCUCAAACAAAUUCUUAAUGGUGUUUGCUACCUGCACUCCCUCCAGAUUGCCCACUUUGAUCUUAAGCCUGAGAACAUAAUGCUUUUGGAUAGAAACGUCCCUAAACCGCGGAUCAAGAUUAUUGACUUUGGCUUGGCCCAUAAAAUUGACUUUGGAAAUGAAUUCAAGAACAUAUUUGGGACACCAGAGUUUGUUGCUCCUGAGAUAGUCAACUAUGAACCUCUUGGUCUUGAGGCGGAUAUGUGGAGUAUUGGGGUAAUAACGUAUAUUCUCCUAAGUGGGGCCUCCCCAUUUCUUGGAGACACUAAGCAAGAAACAUUAGCAAAUGUAUCUGCUGUCAACUAUGAAUUUGAGGAUGAAUACUUCAGUAAUACCAGUGCCCUAGCCAAAGAUUUCAUCAGAAGACUUCUGGUCAAGGAUCCAAAGAAGAGAAUGACAAUUCAAGAUAGUUUGCUGCAUCCCUGGAUCAAGCCUAAAGAUACACAACAAGCACUUAGCAGAAAAGCAUCUGCAGUAAACAUGGAGAAGUUUAAGAAGUUUGCAGCCCGAAAAAAAUGGAAACAAUCCGUUCGCUUAAUAUCAUUGUGCCAAAGAUUAUCCAGGUCGUUCUUGUCCAGGAGUAACAUGAGUGUUGCCAGAAGCGAUGAUACUCUGGAUGAGGAAGACUCCUUUGUAAUGAAAGCCAUCAUCCAUGCCAUCAAUGAUGACAAUGUUCCAGGCCUGCAGCACCUGCUGGGGUCAUUGUCCAACUACGAUGUUAACCAACCCAACAAGCAUGGGACACCUCCAUUGCUCAUUGCUGCUGGCUGUGGGAAUAUUCAAAUACUACAGUUACUUAUAAAACGAGGCUCAAGAAUUGAUGUCCAAGAUAAGGGUGGAUCAAAUGCCAUCUACUGGGCCUCUCGGCAUGGUCAUGUGGACACUUUGAAAUUUCUCAAUGAGAACAAAUGCCCUUUGGAUGUUAAAGAUAAGUCUGGAGAGACAGCCCUUCAUGUGGCAUCCCGCUACGGCCAUGCUGAUGUGGUUCAGUUACUGUGCAGCUUUGGCUCUAAUCCCAAUUUUCAGGACAAGGAAGAAGAAACCCCUCUGCACUGUGCUGCCUGGCAUGGGUAUUACCCUGUUGCCAGAGCCCUUUGUGAAGCUGGCUGUAACGUGAACAUCAAGAACAGAGAAGGAGAGACACCCCUCCUGACAGCCUCUGCCAGGGGCUACCAUGACAUUGUGGAAUGUCUAGCUGAACAUGGAGCUGACCUUAAUGCCUCUGACAAGGAUGGACACAUUGCCCUUCAUCUUGCUGUACGACGCUGCCAGAUGGAGGUCAUCAAGACUCUCAUCAGCCAGGGGUGUUCUGUGGAUUUUCAAGACAGACAUGGCAACACCCCGCUCCAUGUGGCCUGCAAAGAUGGCAAUGUGCCUAUCGUGGUGGCCCUCUGUGAAGCAAAUUGUAAUUUGGACCUCUCAAAUAAGUAUGGGCGAACUCCUUUGCACCUUGCAGCCAACAACGGGAUCCUGGAUGUGGUCAGGUACCUCUGCCUGAUGGGAGCCAACGUGGAGGCGUUGACCUCGGAUGGAAAGACAGCGGAGGAUCUUGCUAAGUCAGAACAGCAUGAGCAUGUGGCAGGUCUACUUGCCAGACUCCGAAAGGAUACCCACAGAGGACUCUUCAUUCAGCAGCUCCGACCCACACAGAACCUCCAGCCAAGAAUCAAACUCAAGCUGUUUGGCCACUCAGGUUCCGGGAAAACCACUCUGGUGGAAUCUCUCAAGUGUGGUUUACUGAGGAGUUUUUUCAGAAGGCGCCGGCCCAGACUCUCCUCCACCAACUCCACCAGGUUCCCUCCAUCACCCCUGGCUGCUAAGCCGACAGUCUCCGUGAGCAUCAACAACCUGUACCCUGGCUGUGAGAACGUGAGCGUGAGGAGCCGCAGCAUGAUGUUCGAGCCGGGCCUCACAAAAGGGAUGCUAGAGGUGUUCGUGGCCCCAUCCCAUCACCCGCACUGCUCGACUGAUGACCAGUCCACCAAGGCCAUCGACGUCCAGAAUGCCUAUUUGAAUGGAGUUGGGGAUUUCAGCGUGUGGGAGUUCUCUGGAAAUCCCGUAUACUUCUGCUGCUAUGACUAUUUUGCUGCAAAUGAUCCCACAUCCAUCCAUGUCAUCGUUUUUAGUCUAGAAGAACCCUAUGAGAUCCAGCUGAACCAAGUGAUUUUCUGGCUCAGUUUCCUGAAGUCUCUGGUCCCAGUUGAAGAACCCAUAGCCUUCGGUGGCAAGUUGAAGAACCCACUCCGAGUUGUCCUGGUGGCCACUCAUGCUGACAUCAUGAAUGUCCCUCGUCCAGCUGGAGGAGAGUUUGGAUAUGACAAAGACACCUCCUUGCUGAAAGAGAUCAAGAACAGGUUUGGGAACGAUCUUCACAUUUCAAAUAAGCUAUUUGUGCUGGAUGCCGGGGCUUCUGGCUCUAAGGACAUAAAAGUUCUUCGGAAUCACCUGCAAGAAAUUCGGAGUCAGAUCGUUUUGGGCUGCCCUCCCAUGACUCACCUGUGUGAGAAAAUCAUCUCCACGCUGCCUUCCUGGAGGAAGCUCAAUGGGCCCAAUCAGCUGAUGUCGCUGCAGCAGUUCGUGUAUGAUGUGCAGGACCAGCUGAACCCCUUGGCCAGUGAGGAGGACCUCAGGCACAUCGCACAGCAGCUCCACAGCACGGGCGAGAUUAAUAUAAUGCAGAGUGAAACUGUGCAGGACGUGCUGCUCCUGGAUCCCCGCUGGCUCUGCACCAAUGUCCUGGGAAGACUGCUCUCGGUGGAAACUCCCCGGGCCCUGCACCAUUACCGGGGCCGCUACACCAUGGAGGACAUCCAGCGCUUGGUACCCGAUAGCGAUGUGGAGGAACUACUGCAGAUCCUGGAUGCCAUGGACAUCUGUGCCCGUGACCUGAGCAGCGGGACCAUGGUAGAUGUCCCUGCAUUGAUCAAGACAGACAACCUGCAGCGCUCCUGGACAGAUGAGGAGGAUGAGGUGAUGGUGUAUGGUGGCGUGCGCAUCGUCCCUGUGGAGCAUCUCACCCCCUUCCCGUGUGGCAUCUUUCACAAAGUCCAGGUGAACCUGUGCCGGUGGAUUCACCAGCAGAGCACAGAGGGUGAUGCGGACAUUCGCCUGUGGGUCAGCGGCUGCAAGAUUGCCAACCGUGGGGCAGAGCUACUGGUGUUGCUGGUCAACCACGGCCAAGGCAUAGAGGUACAGGUGCGUGGGCUGGAGACGGAGAAGAUCAAGUGCUGCCUGCUGCUGGACUCAGUGUGCAGCACCAUCGAGAAUGUCAUGGCCACCACGUUACCAGGGCUGCUGACGGUGAAGCACUACCUGAGCCCGCAGCAGCUGAGGGAGCACCAUGAGCCCGUUAUGAUCUACCAGCCACGAGACUUCUUCCGUGCACAGACCUUGAAGGAGAGUUCCCUGACGAACACCAUGGGUGGGUAUAAGGAGAGUUUCAGUAGCAUCACCUGCUUUGGGUGUCAUGACGUGUACUCACAGGCUAGUCUUGGCAUGGACAUCCACGCAUCCGAUUUGAACCUCCUGACCCGAAGGAAACUGAGUCGCCUGCUGGAUCCACCUGACCCCAUGGGGAAGGACUGGUGCCUUCUGGCCAUGAACUUGGGCCUCCCAGACCUCGUGGCUAAGUACAACACCAAUACUGGGGCCUCUAGGGAUUUCCUCCCCAGCCCAGUGCAUGCCCUGCUACGGGAAUGGACCUCCUACCCUGAGAGCACUGUGGGCAUCCUCAUGUCCAAACUGAGGGAGCUGGGUCGCAGGGAUGCAGCAGACUUUUUACUGAAGGCGUCCUCUGUGUUCAAAAUCAACCUGGAUGGCAAUGGCCAGGAAGCCUAUGCGUCAAGCUGCAAUAGCGGAACGUCUUACAAUUCUAUUAGCUCUGUGGUGUCCCGGUGAAGGCAGCCUGGAUGUGGGUAGGGUUUCUUCCAACUUCAGAAGCAAGGGAUGCAGGUCAUCUUUUCUAGUGGAGGUCUUGGGGCAUUCCUUCCCGCACCCACCUUUUGAAGAUGCUCUGAAGAUGCUGCCCUCCCUCCCUCCUGUUUUGCCUGUUUCCCUGUCUCCACCUCCCUCCCCCUCACCUAUCCCUUGUCUGGGGAUGGUCUUUCUAGUCAGGAGGGCAGACCACACAUUCUUCAUUUUGGCCACUUGAAAAACAAGUGUCCAUCCUAUCAGUGUUUUGGACUCCAUCUCUCAUCCUCCAGUACCUUGCUUCUUACCAAUAAUUUUAUUGGAAUUCUGAGCUUUUCAAUGAGAUUUUUUAAACUACUUUAUUGAUGUUCUUAAAAAAGAGAAAAGGACAGGAAAGUGCACAUUUAUCCACCAUGCAUAUUUCUUACACUCUUUUCUUUGUGAUACCAGCUCCUCAGCUUAUCUCUUUUAUAUUUGUAGGAGAGACUCCCAUGCUUGGAUCCCUCUGUAUGAUUUAUAAACAGACAAUAUGUGAGUGCCUUUUGCAGAAGAGGGUGUGUCUGAAAUCAUCUAAGUCAGCCAGGCGCUGUCACCAAGGAAACGCUACCUCUCUGUCCCUUGCUGUGUGCUGAUCAUCGCCAGAGGUGCUUCGCCCUGAGUUUUUGUUUUUGUUUUUAUUUUCUUGGUGUUGGGGGGGUUGUUUGUGUAUCAUUUAGCAAGGAAAGGGGACAAUGAAAUCCUCCUCCAGGGUGAUUUCACAGCCAGUGUUGUUGCUCUAAGAAAACGUUGUCCACUUUGCUUUUGUUGCAAUGUCCAUGUGAAUGUGCACAUGAAACCUACAAACUGUCACGCUUCUUCAUCCCCUUUCAUCUCAGGUAGAAGGUUGACACAGUUGUUGGGUUGUGGAGACCUGUGUAAGAAUUCAGAAGAUCCCUGACUCAUCAUUUGUGGCAGUCUGUUGUGGUUGGUGGAUAGCAGAUGGUUUCCACAUUUAGAUUCUGGUUUGAUAACUUCUUGUACUUGAAGUCAAAAAGAGAAAAUACAGGAAGCUCGUUUUCUUUCAGUGACUUGACAUUGUGAUAGAAUUUUAAAUUGAUGAGGGAACAUGUCCUAAUUCUUCUGUCCUGAGAAGCAUGUAAUGUUAAUGUUAUAUCAUCUGUAUAUAUAUAUAUGCACUAUGUAUAUACAUAUAUAUUAAUACUGGUAUUUUUACUUAAUCUAUAAUAUGUCAUAAAAGAAUAAGUUUGUUUUUCUUUUUGCUUUUAUUUUC